AGAGGAUAAAUUAAGUACGUUUUUAAUGUUUACCUGCUUAUAAGUAAAGCUUUUAUUUUGAAAAGGAUGUUCUCUGACCGGAAAUAUUUCAUGCAAGCGCUAACUCGUCAAACGUUGCACGUUGGGCUGCUGUUUUCACAACAUAAACCGCGUAUAAAACCCGAAGAUCAGACAGAUCCGGCCCGUAAACGCAGCUGAUUGCCCGCAUCAUGUCCAGCAUUCAGCUUCUCCGCGUGCUCGUUAACGAGCGGCUGUCUGCGGCCGCUGAGGAGAUCUUCGAGGCGGUUAAAAAAACCAUCGUUAACUACGAGGAGGAGAUCCUGCUCUCUAAACGGGAGAUCCACCGGCAGCGCAGGAUGCUGCGGACAGUUUUACAACCUGAAAUAAAAAUAAACAAACACUCAGGCCAACCACAGCUGGCUCUCUCCGUCUGGGACGAGGACUUGACCUCGGACCAGCAGCAGGGGCACUGCGAUCAGGAGUGGAGCUCCGGUCUGAACCAGGACGACCCGGAGCCCCCCCAAACUGAGAAGAGCCAGGUGGAGGACCACUCCAGCUGCCAGGAAGACGAGGAGGAGGAGGAGGAGGAGGAGAACACCAUCAGGUUCAUCUUCACUCCUCCGUACGUGAAGAACCAGCCUCAGUCCAGUUACCACAGCGCUAAAGGAGAAGGAGAUCCUCUGCCGAGCACUUCAGCUGAGCAGGAUCAACCAAAGGUGGAGGACGACGGCCCCGCGUCCUCCAGCUGUUCUGCAGCCGAACACGAAGACAGUGACGAGGAGUGGCGGGGGAGCGCGGGAACUCAGAGCGAAGAUGGCGACGGCGACAGCGACAGCGGCCGCAGGUGGAAGGAGAGGAAGCAGCCUCGUCUACCGACGUCCCCGAAACCGCCCCCGGCUAAAAAAGCCAAAUCACGAAUCUGCUGUAAGGUGUGCGGGAAGGCCUUUCACGCCAACGUCUCUUUGGUAAAUCACAUGGAGGUUCACCCAAAGGACGUCUGCGGCGUGUGCGGGGACUGUUUCCAGACCGAGGAGAGCUUUGAAGUUCACCUGAAGACGCACGUGAGAGCUGAAAUUUGCAAAGUUUGCGGGAAAUGUUUCGGCGCCUCCAGCUCUCUGGAGACGCACAUGAGGAUCCACACGGGAGAGAAGCCGUUCAACUGCAGCGAAUGCGGGAAGUCUUUCAACUGUCGCCACAACAUGAUGCGACACAUCCGGAUACACACUGGGGAAAAGCCGUAUCCUUGCACCAUCUGUGGAAAAUGCUUCAAUGACUAUUCCACGUUGAAACGCCACCUGCUGGUCCACGUGCACAAGAAGAACCAGGACCCGGAGAACGCUUUGGAAAAUGAAAACGGCGACGACGUCAAGACGAAGACAUCGUCAGCGAAAAAGCAGCCGACCCGGACCAUAUGUGAAGUGUGCGGGAAAACGUUCCACUCCGUUGUCUCUUUGGUGAAUCACGCCAAAAGUCACGCCACGGACCUCUGCGGCGUGUGCGGGACGCACUUCGACUCUGAGGAAAACCUCAAACUUCACCUGAAGACUCACAAGAACGGGAAGGUCUGUGAGGUGUGUGGGAAGUGUUUCGACAGCCAGGCGAACCUGGAGAUGCACAUGAGGAUCCACACGGGGGAGAAGCCGUUUCUCUGCAGCGAGUGCGGCAAAUCCUUCAACUGCCGACACAACAUGAUGCGACACAUCAGGACCCACACAGGAGAGAAACCCUACCUGUGCAACAUCUGCGGCCGCUGUUUCAGUGACCACUCCACGCUGAAGCAGCACAGCAGCACGCACACCGGAGACAAACCGCACCGCUGUGAGGUCUGCGGUAAAGGCUUCCACCGGAAGACAUACGUCAGGCUUCACAUGAAGAGCCACACAUCUGAGAAGUGACUGCUCUGUGAAUAUGCACGGGUGUAAAUAGGCUAUAUGACGGAACUUGUGUAAAAAAGAAAACCGUACAAGCUGAGCUGCUGGUGAGAGAAGACACCGUAGCAUGUAUGGCAUUGCCUAGCCUACAAUGCUGUGUCUAAUAUGCAAUUAGCCUACUUUGACAAGUCUUGCUGGGUUUUAGGAUGGCCUGUAGAGUUAUGAAUAAGCAAAACUCGGAGAGCAGCUGAAACUACGAAAAUAAGAAUGGUUGAUCCCCCCCUCGCCCGGACGUCGCUGCU